CUGGAUUAAUACUCGAAUUGCUCGAUUUUCGCUAACUCAGCUCAGGUUAGGAUACCGACAGUGCGAUUUAAAAUUACGACGCACGUGAAACGUGAACGGCACGAAUCGCGAUGGACGCGACGGAGAAGCGUCUCUCGAGGUUACCGGGAAACCACGGGGAUGCGUACGGAACCUUCGUCUUCGCCGACGAGGGACAUACUCUGGGAAAUGCGCUUGCCUCCGUGAUAAGUGACUACCCCGGCGUGAAGAUAUGUGGUCACACUGUGCCGCAUCCGGCAGAGAAGAGGGUACAUCUGAACAUCCAGACGACCGGUGAAAAUGUGAUCGACGUGUUGAAACGGGGCCUCGAAGAUCUCGAAAAAAUAUGCGAUCACACACUCGAGACGUUUGACAGGGCCUAUGAGAAGCACAAAGCUUCGCAAGACGUCUCUACAUAACGUCGCGUGUCAUCUUUUAAACUCCUAAUAUGUUGCAAAUAAGUUUAUUACUCGAAUAAAUAAUUAAAAUUUGCGUAUGUUAAGAGCAUAGAGUUUAAGCUUUUCAAUAAAAGAAAUUAAAGGAUG